UUUUUAUUUACUAUUGUGUCGUUUAGUUAUUUUUUUGUGCUGAAACGUGCUCAAUUCGAUAUAAGAGUUCGUUGAUAAAAUAUUAAGUGCCAGCGGAAAAAUUGUGGUUGUGAAGUGCGGUUUGUGAGAUACAGUUGUUAUUAGAAUAGAAGGGAUUUGGCUCGGUGUUCAGAGGUUGUGUUGGUGACGGCGCCGGCGCCAUAUAGUAGAAGAGUGUUCAAAGCUCGACCGUAUGUGCGAUGCGAUGCGCGACAAACUUGCGUCGCUGUUGAGAGCUUCGGUGCGAGCGCAGACGCAUACUGAAAACACCGACAAAUUGAACAAUGGCGCCAUUGCACCUGUACUGGUUUUUCCCGAUGAAGGGGGCGCACGCGAAGGCGGAUUGGUAUGGCGCGGGUGCACCGCCAACUGCGACGCCGAAGACGGCGCGACGGGAACACUCGCCGACGGCAACGCCAACUCAGGAGACAAGGUACAGCUGGAGGGGUCGGACGCAGCUCCGGACGACCCUGUUCACCUCAAGAGACGGGUGGGACUCUUCAGUGGGGUGGCUCUAAUUGUCGGCACUAUGAUUGGUUCUGGAAUAUUCGUCUCGCCCUCUGGGCUUUUGCUGCACACAGACUCAGUGGGCAUAAGCUUCAUCAUAUGGAUGGCGUGUGGUCUGCUCUCUCUGCUUGGAGCACUAGCAUAUGCGGAACUAGGAACGAUGAACACCUCCUCCGGAGCAGAGUACGCGUAUUUUAUGGACGCCUUCGGAGGACCCUCUGCAUUUCUGUUUUCGUGGGUGUCAACCUUGGUACUGAAGCCUUCACAGAUGGCCAUUAUUUGCCUGAGCUUCGCGGAGUACGCCGUUGAGCCGUUCGUGUCGGAGUGCGACCCACCAGAUCUGUUGGUCAAACUUGUGGCCGUCAUCUGUAUAGUAAUGAUACUGGCGGUCAACUGCUACAGUGUGAAUUUAGCGACGAAUGUCCAAAACAUCUUUACUGCGGCGAAAUUGGUAGCGAUAGCGAUAAUCGUCUGCGGGGGAGCUUACAAAUUGAUAUUAGGUAAUACGCGACAUUUACAGGAGCCCAACUUCGCCAGUAGCAAGGCGACGCUGGGCAACAUAGCCACAGCCUUCUACACCGGGCUCUGGGCCUACGACGGCUGGAAUAACCUUAACUAUGUUACAGAGGAAAUUAAGAACCCAUCUAAGAACCUCCCCAUGAGCAUUAUAAUCGGCAUCCCUCUGGUGACCCUAUGCUACGCGCUGGUGAACGUGUCCUACUUGACGGUGAUGUCGGUUAGUGAGAUGACCGACAGCGAAGCUGUGGCCGUCACCUUCGGCAACCGUCUCCUCGGACCAAUGGCAUGGUUGAUGCCACUUGCCGUCACAAUAUCCACCUUCGGAUCGGCUAAUGGCACAUUGUUCGUAGCAGGAAGAUUGUGCUUUGCGGCUUCUCGCCAGGGACAUUUAUUGGAUAUCUUAUCAUAUGUCCACGUGCGUCGCUUCACACCUGCUCCAGGACUGAUAUUCCAUUCUCUGAUUGCGGUCGCGAUGGUGUUGUACGGGACAAUAAAUUCUCUGAUCGGCUUCUUUUCGUUUACGGCCUGGAUAUUCUACGGAGGCGCCAUGCUUGCCCUGAUUGUUAUGAGAUACACGAAGCCCCACGCACCUCGACCGUACAAGGUGCCAAUAAUAAUCCCUUACGUGGUUCUCUUCGUGUCUGCGUACCUGGUGGUCGCGCCGAUCGUCGAAGAGCCGCUGUGGGAGUACCUAUACGCGGGAGCAUUCAUCAUUGCCGGCCUGCUUUUCUACAUGCCCUUCGUAAAGUGGGGAUACUCGUUGCCGUUUAUGGAUAAAAUCACAGUAUUUUUGCAAAUGGCGUUGGAGGUUGUGCCAACGUCGACGACAUUCGAGUACUGAGUCCGUGCUGGACUUUAAAGAAGCGUUCGUAAAACUUGAGUAUUUUUGGCUCUGGUAAAUGUUUCGAGCUUUCGAGAGCUUAUAGUAGGGUUGUCAGAUGGCUGGAAAAUUCGGAAAAUCCAUUUUUGGUCCGAGUUAGUUUCUUUAUUGUCAAAUUUUAGGGUUAUGUUGAUACGUAUACCUCAAUUGUUAAAUAAGUAAAUCUAUUAUAUAUUUUGUCAGUACAUUGGCUUACGAAUUAUGAAGACUUGGUAAUAAUCAACUUUUCUUGUUCAAACUGAAAAUAUUAACUAUAGUGAUUACUUACCUGGCAACCCUAGUUUAGGUACUUAUUUUGAUUUGAAAUUAAGUCCUAAAGUCCUGCAAUUGGGUGUACAAGGAAUCUUAAAUUCGGCCCGUGCAAUGUUAUGUAUAUGUAUUAAAUAAAUUAUUUUUUGACUGAUAUAAACAGGUUCCUUUUUGUACUUUUAAAAUUAAAAUCUACAAAAAAUCAAAUGAAUAUUAACAUUUAAUAGUUAUAUACGGUUGUUGAUUUUUUUUAUGCGAAUGAAAUAUUUUCAAGAUUUUAAUAAAAUACGUUUCCUGUAUUAUCUUAACAGGGGCGUAGUCACCUGAAGCGUCUAACUGUACCUAUUUAAGGCCAGAUAUUGUGCAAACUUUCUAUAUAAAUUGGACAGUAAAAUAAAGAUGUAGUUAGUAUUAAUAUAGACAUAUCUUGUGUUUUUCAACUGGUAUCAUGUGGUUUCCAUGGUUGUUAUACUUAUCAAAAAGUAAACGAAGGUUCGUUCUUAGAAAUCCAUUCAAGUUUUCAAACGUAUCGGAUGCAAUUUUUGCUGCUCAAUAUAACAAAACUGUGAAAAAAGUUUUAUGAGGAAACCGAAUCAUUUAUCUUUACGGUACCUACUAUAAAAUAAAAAUAUUAUCCAAAGCUGUGACAAAUUAAUAAUAUCAAUGAGAACACUGUCCAAAUCGUAACUUAAAUAACUAUAUCUGGCCACUUUGGGGGUCUAACGCCUGUGCUGCUUGUGUUACUUUAAAAGUUAAUUAAAAUAAUUUAUUGUUUUAAAAAAGAGGUAAAGCCAGAGGUAGGGUUAAAAAUUGCGUUUAGAUAGGAUACAUUCAUCUCAUUUCAUUAGUUUGCACGAAUCAUUCCUACGGGCACCUGCGUUGAGUUUUACCCAAACGAACAGUUUAUAAACUGUUUCUGUAUAAAGUUACUUGGAUUUAACACAAGCGAAUGAUAAGGAUUUAAACAAUCAAUAUAUAUCUAUUGUUAACAUUAUGAUAUCAAUGCGUUGCUAACGUGUCCUAAAAAAGUAAAGUAAAGAAGAUUCUUAUUCAUUAAAUGAUAAAGGUAUUAUUCCUGAUAUUAUUUUUAAUAUUAUUGGGAGUCAUCAUUUAAAAAGUGUACCUAUUAAUUAAAUCAUAAAUUUUUAGGAAGCCAAAUAACGUUUUAUAAUGUCAAGUCUUGUGAAUAACAUUUUUUUUUGACUAAAACGUAUGACGUUUGUAAAUACAGAGGUAUGGUAAAAUAAGUUUCUUGUGCAAAUCCAAAGUUUUAAGCUUUAAGGUUCAAACUGAGGCGAAAAACGAGCAGGGCGGAAGUCGUUCGCGGCGAUUGUGUCAACCAACUCGUAUGACAUUUUUGAACUGGCGCGAUUGAGACAAAAUUAAUCGCGGAAGCCGCAUUUUAAUUUUAUUUUAAUACUACCCACGAACUUGCCGUGAAUUUUAUAAUUCUUCGUUUGCUAUAGCUAACAGGAAAACUUCGUAUUAAAAACUAGGGAACAUUUUCUCCUUAGAGUAACCAAACACAAAGGGGGCCUCAUUCUCGGUCCCGACCUUCGUUCAAGUUAGCGUCGUGCGAGCGACCAAUCACAAGGCCCUUGCUCGAACAAGCGCUUGUGAUUGGUCGUUGGCUGGAAGCAAUCUUGUUUUAUAUUAAUAAUUGACGGACCAAGCAGAUGGUAAGUGCCAAGCGGAAAACCAUCGCUUAUAACAGAGCAACACUUCACAAGGGAUGCAAUGAGCAUGUCUUGUAACAUGCCACACUGUGUCCAUCUAUUUAAGGCAUAGGUGUUUAGCUUCAUGUGCCUGUAAUUAAACCGGCAACCACGCUGUUCAGACCGAAACUCAGCAUUGCAAUGUUUAUUAAUGGCAAAAAUAAGCACGGCGGUAGUACUUCCCCGAACGACCUCUCAGAAGGCUCUGCUACUACUCUAUCUCUUUGUCUAUAUUCUCUAUUUUAGGUUUGGCCUUGUCGUAACACGCUGAAAGUCACGUCAGUAUCAGAAGCUAAGCGAGCGAACGAAUUGCUCUUAAUCGCGUGCGGGAUUCGCCUCAGUUUGAACAGAGCUUUAUAAGAUUCUUGGGAAAAUCUCUAGACUUGACGCCCUAUUCGCAUCACUAUGAGUGAUUGUGCUAAACUCAUAGUCUAUAGUUCAUCCGUAGAUAACCUUAGUUUAAAUAUAAAUAGGAGCAUUGUUUACUUUAAUUUGUCAAUUUUUGCAAUUCAUUUACUUACAGGGGAUAGGUAGCGAAAUAUGAUCCACUUAAUGCUAUAAAUAAUAAUUAAUGUACGUGUAGUUAUUUGUCAGAACGAUAAAUUACUAAAUCGCUAUUUUUGCUCAUCUUCUUAGAUGUUUAUCUAGUAUUAGUGCUAUGGGAAGUUAAUAUGCCAAAAGUAGCCCCACUUAAAUUAACAUAAUAUUAGGAAGUUAUAAAUUUUUUCCAGAGUUUUUUUACUUACUGUGUUCAUAUUUAUUAACGAAAAAAUAAAUGUCAUUUAAAAUGUGCUGUGUAUAUGUGGGGCUAUGAAUUUUUACCGGCAAAAAAAGCCGUGGUUACUCUAUCCCAUAUUAAAGACUAAAGUGUGGUUUUCACUAAUCUUUCUACAAAUGACUGCUGAACUUUGCGACCGGUAAAAAUUGGUCCUAUCAUUCCUUACCGGGGCAAAACGAAGCGGUCGCUGUUGUUUUUCGAUCUAUUUUUAUAUUGUUUAUAUUUUCUUUUAUAUAUAGAAUACAGUUUGAAAGCGUGAAAUAAAAGUAUGUAAUCAAGUCACUUGCAGUCACUGUGAAUUUUUUCCUUAAAUAUUGUAGAUGCUUUAAAUAGCAUAAUAGGAAGUUUAUAUUAAAAUAUUUUUCUUUAUUUGUCGGUUGAUCGUUUAAUUUCGUUAGUGCUUUAGACCCAUUAGAUAACCCGUAAAAACUUAGGAAAUAUAAAUUGUCCCCAUCCUGUUUGAUCUAAUUGUGUAGAAGUGUAAUAACUAUGAAUAUAUCUACAGAAUAUAAAUAAUAUAUCAAUUACUGUCUAUAUUAGUAACUCUAUGUAUCUUCUAAGAAAUUGGGCACACAAGAACACACCUGACGAUGUGAUAAUGUUAUGGGUAAAACUAAUGGUUUUAUUUUUGUGUACAGAUGAAAUCAAAUACAUAAAAUACCCUAUAUGUACUUAUCUCUACAUGGAGGACAGAUUUAUUUAUUGUUAUACACUACAAUUGAAUUAAAUACAAUUUUAAAUAAAGACAAGUGA